AUGGAUGCCAGCUGCAGCCGCGGAGGCAGCGGGAGGCAUGCAGUGUCUUUUUGGGACUUGCACCGGAUGCUGGCUGACUGCUACAUCGCGGACAUCGCGGAGCAGCAAGGUUCCUGGAGAGAUGCGGGGCAGCGCUGUGGCCCCCGGCGCGACAGCAGCCUCUUCGGGCAGAGCGAACAAGAAAGCUUCCAUCAUUCCGUCGCGAGCCAGAGUGAAAGACGAGCGAGCAGCAGGCGGAGCAUAUGCGUUGCAAUGGAACAGGAGGUGCCUGAUGUCCCGGGGCUUCAUGUGAAACCUCCAGCCGACUUUUCCACGCCGGAUCCACCCGCAGGAGCACCGAAUUUCCCGCCAGAGAUGAAGUCAGACGAACUACUGCAUGCCUUGAAGCGUCUCCACCGUUCUGGAGUUGAGUCGGAGUUUUCAGACUCCGAGUCGGAUGUAAACGCCGGGAAGAUCCAACUCCAAACCCACCGCUGCUGGCAGGAGGAUGCCCAGGUGAGAACCACGCAGAAGACGAGGAAGCUGGCCUGCACGGAUCCAACAUCAUCCUCGAACCUGGCAGGCGGCAGCAGUGCAUCAAGGUCAAGCCCUUGCAUGCUGCAUCCCAGCGGUACCUUCCGGUCUUGCUGGAACUUGCUGGUGGCUGCCUUUGUAAUGUACGACCUUGUUGUCACCCCCUUGCUUGUGUUUUCACUUCCGAGCUGGCUGUCCAGAUAUCCCGUGUCGCUUGUGGUCCAGCUGUUUUGGAGCUCUGACUUUGUGCUCACCUUCCUCACCGGCUACUACCAGAAAGGCUUCCUCAUCAUGGAGCGUUGCAAGGCUGCGCGAAACUAUGCUCAGAGUUGGAUGCUCUUUGAUUUGGUCUUGAUCCUCAUUGACUGGAUUGUCGACAUUCUGGAUCUGCUGACUGCAGACAGCCCUGCGUCCGUGAGUCGUUCUGUACGUAUGCUGCGGCUUCUGCGUCUGGUGCGUGUAAUGCGAGCGAUCAAGCUUCGACGCGGGUUCACGGCAAUGCAGGAUGUCAUCCACUCUCAGAGUGCCUUCUUGUACCUGAACUUUACGGUAAGCCUUGGUCAACUUCUGAUGCUGGUUCACUGGGUAGCCUGUGGCUGGUUUGGGAACUGGGUGGCAUCCAGUGACUUGCGUCACCGGGAUUCGUUUUUCCAGUAUCUGACAUGUGUGCUGUGGGCCUUCUGUCAAUUGGGUGUGGGCGAGAGCCCGUGGCAGCCGACGAACACAACCGAAAUGAUGCUGAACAGUGUUAUCGCUUUCACGGCUCUGAUCACCGCUGCCAUGCUCAUCAGCACGAUGGGUGGCCUCAUUGCAGGGCUCAGGAAACUUCAUGAGGACGAGAAGACACAGUUUAGGCUCCUGCGUCGGUACUUGCAGAAGCACGACAUUCCUCUGGAUCUUGGCCAUCGGGUGACUCAGUUCUUGGAGCAUCAGUACACGGAGAGGCAGCAUGCCCGGUCGUCGCAGAUGCAGGUGCCUCUCCUCGACCUCCUCUCCCGGCCGAUGUUGCAAGAGCUCCAUUUUGAGCAGCAUCGGGUGGCCCUCUGCAAAAUCGGUGCGAUCAAGGCCUUGCUGACAGAGGACGAUGUGCAUUGCCACCACGCGCUCCAUAGGAUGGCCCAUGACAGCCUCUUCCCUUUCGUGGCGGCGAAGGGGGAUGUGAUCUUCGUCGGGGGGAACAUUGCAACCACUGCGUAUCUGAAGAUGACCGGCCACCUCAGCUACACGAAGGACGGUGAGUUCCAGUUUAUUGAUGACGCUCGUUGGGUUGCAGAGAUUUGCCUCUGGGCACCUUGGGUUCACCUGGGCGUUCUCGAGGCACAGGCUACUUCGGAACUGUUGAGCCUCGAUGCUCCCAAAUUUUGCCUGAUUUUGGCAGAGAGAUCCGACACGCAUCAUGCGGCCAGCAGCUACGCGCGGAGAUUUGUCAGCGUGGUGCAGAGGCAAUCCCGGAAGAGCGCCUUGAGCGAUGUCUUCCUAGACACGGGCGGAGAGUUAGAGUCUCUGGAG